CGUGACUAAAACCAGGAAGUGAGUCGAGUGUCAACAACGAAAGGAGAUGGCUUCCGCAGACUGGCACCUGUCUUUGAAGCUGAUGGAUCAACCCAAAUCAAUCUUCCACUUCCCAGAGAUGAUGCCAGGGGAUGUUCCACCUGGAGGAUACAGGGUCGCUACCUUGAAACAGCUUGUAGCAGCUCAGCUCUCAGACUCCGUCCUAGACCCUGAACUAAUAGAGCUGGUCCACUGUGGACGGAAACUUAAAGAUGAUCUCACACUGGAUGCCUGUGGGAUCCAACCAGGAUCCACUUUACACAUCCUCAAAAAGACUUGGCCAGAGCCAGAGAGCAGUCCAGAGCCUGUGAAUAGAGCAACUGCAGCCAGGGAGUUCAGGGUGUUUCAUGCUGCUCUUCACUCUCUCAACUCUGCUUACAGAGACUCAGUAUAUAAAAUGCUAACAAAUAAAGAGUCCCUGGAUCAGAUCAUUGUGGCUACACCAGGGCUCAGGUCAGACCCAGUUGCCCUAGGGGUGCUCCAAGACAAAGAUCUCUUUGUGCAGUUCACAGACCCUAACAUGCUGGAUGUAUUAAUCAGUUCACACCCAGCCCUUGUCAACGCCAUCAUCCUGGUCCUGCACUCUGUGGCAGGCAGUAUGCCCGCUCAGUCCAGUGCCAGCUCCUCUCGCAACGUCUCUGCCAGUUCCUACAGUGAAAUGCCAGGAGGCUUCAUGUUUGAGGGCAUGUCUGACGACGAGGAGGAUUUCCAAUCUGGGAGCCCAGCAGGACCCUCCAACAGAUCAGGGGUCUCAGCAGGAAUGCGACCAGUGUCCCUGAGUCACAGUGGAGCGACAGGCCCUCGACCGAUAACACAGAGCGAGCUGGCAACAGCUUUGGCUCUCGCUAGCACUCCUGACAGCAGCGCAGUCACUCCCACGACAGCAAGCCAGGCGGACCCCUCCAGCGGCGUAGCCCCCAUGCCAGCAGGGACCCCAGUCAGCAACGAUCUCUUCAGCCAGGCACUGCAGCAAGCUCUGCAAGCCACCAACAUGUCUGCUCUACAGGGCCGCUGGCAGUCCCAGAUGCAGCAGCUCAGGGACAUGGGGAUCCAGGAUGAGGAGCUGAUGCUGAGGGCGCUGCAGGCCACAGAUGGUGACAUCCAGGCUGCCCUCGAGCUCAUAUUUGCUGGAGGCCCAGGACUCUGAGCUCAUACCCCACAGACAGGAGGCUUUUAUAGAGGAGAGAGCAGGAGAAAGCUUGUUACGCUGCCACUCAAAAAUAAUAAAUUAUGGAUUUUGACAUGCAGUAUGUACAUUUUUUUAUUAUUACCCUAAUUACCGUGAAGUAUACAGUACAUACAUCACUGUUUCAACUGAGCUCCACAAAGCUCAGUUGACAGCUUGACAGCUUUUUCUUAUUGAUGUGACCAGACUUGUAAUAAAUUUAAUCAUGCUCAUCAAGUCAUCAAUCUGUUGUCCUGUUAUU